AAGAGAUUGAGCACGAGUUGGAUGAAAUUGACUUUUGGAACGAGAAGACAAACACAGCAAAAAUGUUGACGACAUUAUCUUCUUCAAAGGUCCCACGGGCGGUCUUAAAGCGGAUGCGGUUUACAUCGACAGUGCCCAGAUAGAGCGACACGAGCCGGUGAAGGCGCCCGCACGCAGCCAGUCCCAGCGGCCACCAGCUUCGGGCUCACAGAUGAUCAAGCACUUAGACACAUUCGAGGACGGACGACCAAACAUGAGCCGCAGAAAUUCAAGGCUGAGGUCCUCCUGGACAGGCAAUGCAAACUUGAUUCCCGAGGAAGACAACGCUAUGCAGGGCAUGUCAAAGGGCAAACGCAACAUCGGGUCAGAUGACGAGUUUUUCCUGGUUGUUGGAAGUAUUAAUCAACUAAGCAAGCCCCCGGAGAUCCUGGAUUCCCAGCUUGGCAUUAACCGAUGCACGCGGUACAGUGAGCGACACGGAGCGCCCCGGGAGCCGUCCGGUUUAACAGACAUCAGCAUGCGCACGGCGCCCGACUCCACUACACCCGACAACGUGAACUGUCGGAAAUACCUAGAAGAGCUUUACAAGGAUAAGAUAUACUUCGACAAAUACGUUAAGACUGAAAAGCUUCCUACAAAUGCUGCAGUGGAGACACGUGAACUAGCUGAUCACGCGAGGAGUUACCUGAAUAACUGUGCGGUGUAUUGGAAGGAACACCAGCCUCUCAACCCCGCACCGCCACCAAGUGAGCUUAGGUUGAAGCUUUCCCGCAUGCACACAGUCCAUGCUGAGGAUUCAAGGAAAAACUCUAUGCCAAUAUCAGUAAGCGAACGUCCAUUGAGCGCCGACGACAUAAGGGACAGUACAGUGGCCUCUAAAGCACAGAGCCGUGAGGUCACCAUGUCGCUUACCACUGAUAGGUCGGCAUGGGCCCCGGUGGACACUACCGGAGAGCUCGUGCCACCGUCUCCCGUGGGCAUUUCCGGUGAGCGUGUCCCGCCAGUAGGGGGGCCAUCAGGGUCAAUUGAAAAGACAGUCACUAUUGAUGAACCUUCUAAAAACCUGACGAGGGAAAAAUCAUCCACAAAACCCCCAGCGCCACAAAAGCAUUCACCUGCAAAGAAAACAAGUGUUGCGACGCAGGAGGCUGUAAUACCCAAUAAUGUGAUGUCUCUUGUAGACACAUCGUAACUUGUGUUUCAUAAAACCCGUUUGUAAUAAAGGAACUCCAAUUUUCUACUUUGUAAAGCCAUACGGUAGUGGUUAUAUUUGUUAGUCACGAGUUUUCAUUUUUUUUUUAAUUAUUACUGUUCAUUUGUUUUUAUAUGAUCCGAUAGAAAUUUAACUUGGACGGUAUGUCUUUGAUAAUGACUGCUAUUUAUUAUAAUUCUAAUUUUUGAGAGAGAGAGAGAGAGAGAGAGAAAGAGAGAAAGAGAGAGAGAGAGAGAGAGAGAGCGUGUGUGUGUGUGUGAAUGCGCGCGUGCGUGUGCGCGUGUGUAUGUGUGAGAAAGAGAGAGAGGUUAUAUUCGUGUUUGCUCUUAUAUAUGAUAUAUCUGUGAUAUUCAUUGUUAUCAUUUUGAAAUAAAUGCUUUCAUUCA